CAUGCCGCCCAUGCAAAAGAAACAGAAUGGCAAGCCAAACCACCAUGUGACCCCAGGCAAACGCAGACAACGCCUUCCCCGGUCGCCGCCUCGCCAAGGGACCCCAUUUCCACGGCACCUCAGAACCGAGGAGAGAUGCCCUGCCAACCUCCUCGAUCGUGGCGGUCCGCGGAUCCGGCGCUCGUUUCGCUCGGUUUCCUGCAGAAAACACGCUGUCCAUCUGGAGUUCUGGACAUCUGGUCUGAACUCUGAACACCGAUCCGUUCUCUAUAAUUAAGUGACAGCAUAUCACAAUCUCCUGUACAGUUCUAAACCUGUUUGCUGUCCAAUCCCAUUGCCACCUUGCUUACAACCAAGUAAUAACAGGAGCAGUACUUGCUCAGAGAGGUGAUGAGAAGAAAAACAGAGAUGAUUCAGACUACCCCCUGCGUCGCGCUGCUCUUGCUCGUCGGCGUUGCUUUUGCUGCUCGAUCGGCGUCGGCUAUCACCGAUGGCCUGCUGCCGAAUGGCAACUUCGAGGAGGCGCCGGACAAGUCGCAGAUGAACGGCACGAGGGUGACGGGUCGCUACGCGAUACCUCAGUGGGAGAUCUCCGGGUUCGUGGAGUACAUCGGGUCGGGCCAGAAGCAGGGAGACAUGCUCCUGCCGGUGCCGGAGGGCGCGUACGCCGUGCGGCUGGGCAACGAGGCCUCCAUCCAGCAGCGGCUUACCCUGACGCGGGGAAUGCACUACUCCAUCACAUUCAGCGCGGCGCGCACCUGCGCCCAGUCCGAGCUCCUCAACAUCACGAUCACCCCCGAGUCCGGCGAGAUCCCCAUCCAGACGGUGUACACCAGCAGCGGCUGGGACUCCUACUCCUGGGCCUUCAAGGCCAAGCACAGCGUCGUGUUGUUCAUCGUCCACAACCCCGGUGUCUCUGAUGACGAAGCUUGCGGCCCCCUCAUCGACUCGUUCGCCAUUAAGACCCUGAACCCUCCUCAAAGAACGAAAGGUAACAUGCUGAAGAAUGGGGGCUUCGAGGAGGGCCCGUACAUCUUCCCCAACACGUCCUGGGGCGUGCUUGUGCCGCCCAUGGACGAGGACGACUACUCGCCGCUGUCCCCGUGGACGAUCCUGUCGACCACCAAGUCCGUCAAGUACAUCGACGCGGCGCACUACGCUGUGCCGGGCGGCGCCCGCGCGGUUGAGCUGGUGUCCGGCAUGGAGACGGCGAUGCUGCAGGAGGUGAGCACCGUGCCCGGGCGGUCGUACAGGCUGGAGUUCUCCGUCGGGGACGCCGGCGACGGGUGCUCCGGGUCCCUGACCGUGCAGGCGUACGCGUCGCGCGGGAGCGUGAAGGUGACGUACCAGUCGCAGGGCACGGGCGGCUACAAGCGCGGGCUGCUCGAGUUCACGGCCACGGAGAAACGGACGCGGGUAGUGUUCGUCAGCAUGGCCUACACCACGAAGUCCGACGGCACGCUGUGUGGUCCCGUCAUCGACGACGCGUCGCUCGUCAGUGUCCACAGCCACCGCCGGUUCCUUCUGUAAUAUUAUUACUAUCGUCAAAGUCACUAGAAUUUAAAAUGACUUAAAGUUGUCCCAUAUGAAGGAAUAUCUCAAUUCCUUUUAUAUGAUUCUUAUGCCAAAAGGGUGAGAUGAUUUUUUUUACCGAGGAAAAAAAUGUGAGAUAUUAUGGAUGCAA